GAUUUAGCUUCAUUCGCCGCGCGACGUUCUCAGCAGUAUUUUGUAUCGUGAUCCGGCGGCGGACUCUCCGUUUCUCCAAAAUAUAUAAAAAAACAAGUACCAAUAAAAAACUGACACCUGACGCGCGCGGCACCCGGAGCCACAACAAAAGCCGCCGAAAUGGCCUUCAUGCCGUGCUUCUAUGUGCCCAAGCGGAUCAAUGUGGCGAUCAUGCUCUUCAUGGCCUGCCUCCUCAGCUAUAUGAUGCGGGUGAAUCUCUCGAUCAACAUCAUUGCCAUGGUGGAUGACCAGAGCAACCAUGAGAAUGGAACAGUGGAAGCUCUGCCCGAUUAUGGACCCCGUUACAAUUGGACGCAAUCGGAUCAGGCCCUGCUCCUGGGAGCCUACUUCUAUGGUUACAUGAUCACCUCCCUGCCGGCCGGCACCUUGGCCGAAAUGCUUGGAGCUCGUAAUGUGGCCGGUUACAGUUGUCUGGUGGCCGGUAUCCUUACGGCUCUGACUCCUGCCGCCGCUGCCUGGGACAAGUAUGCGGUCUUCGCUGUGCGCUUCCUGAUUGGUUUCCUCAACGGUGUGGUGUAUCCUUGCUGCCACAGCCUUGUGUCCAAAUGGUCACCACCCGAUGAGAAGGGCAAGUUUGUGGCCUCGCUGAUGGGCGGUACAUUUGGAACUGUAAUAACUUGGCCCAUCAGUGGUGUUAUUAUCGAGAAUCUUGGCUGGGACUGGGCCUUCUACAUCGUUGGUAUAUUCGUGCUGGUUGUGGUUGCCGUGUGGUUCUACCUGGUGGCCGAUACUCCGGCCCAGCACAGUGGUAUCAGUCUCAAAGAGCGGGAAUAUAUAGAGAACAGUUUGGGCAACACCCUGAGCAACAAGAAGAAAUGGCCUCCAUACAAGGAGCUGAUCCUGUCUCUUCCCUUCUGGUCACUGAUGAUGCUUCACUAUGGCAGCAUGUGGGGCCUGUUCUUCCUGAUCACCGCCACGCCCAAGUUCCUCAGCGAGGUGCUGGGUUUCAAUCUGUCCUCCGCCGGUUUCCUGUCCAGCUUGCCGCAUGUGGCACGCCUGCUUUGUGCCUUCGGUUUCGGUGCUGUGGCGGAUUGGAUUCGUCGACGCGGCUGGUGGACCGUCACUCGCAUGCGCAAGGCCUUCUGCCUGCCUUCUCACAUCUUGCCUGGCAUCAUGCUGAUAAUCCUGGCCUACUUCGGCCGCGAUCCGUACGUGUGUGUGGCCAUUAUGACCAUCUCCCUGGGCUUCAAUGGCGCUGCCACGGCCUCCAAUUUGGCCAACUCACAGGAUCUGGCGCCUAACUAUGCGGGAACGCUUUAUGGCAUCAUCAACUGCGUAGGCACUACCCCUGGAAUCUUCUCGCCUCUGAUUGUGGCAGCCUUCACCAAGAACGAGAACACCAUUGAUCAAUGGCAUUGGGUCUUCAUCAUUGGUGCCGCUGCCUACAUAUUGCCUGCCCUAUUUUUCUGGGUCUUUGGAUCGGGCAAGAUCCAAAAGUGGAACGAGGUGGAGACCACCGAGUCGCGCGAGGAUAUUGUCAACACAAAGUUGUAGUUUGUGCAAUGGCAUUCCACCUGUGAUGUUGCUUACGUUUAGUAUUAUGCCAUAACUCCGAUGUGUGCUUGUUGUUAAUGGAGAGUCCUAUUAAAGCUUUAGCCGUGUAUUUAUUAA